AUGUCGGCAACACAGCAGGAUGUGCAGACAGAGAAGGCUUUUCAGCGCCAGCAUGGGGCGUCUCAGCUGGCAUUGGCCCAGUCUUCGAAGAAAAGGGGAAAGGCGAGAUACUGGAGGGAGGUAGGCUUAGGUUUUGCCACGCCUCGUCUUGCAAAGGAAGGCACCUACGUUGAUAAGAAAUGCCCAUUCACUGGCAACGUCUCGAUUCGUGGCCGCAUCAUCAAGGGUAUGGUGAUUUCCGCCAAAAUGAAGCGCUGCGUGGUCAUCCGUCGCACAUACCUGCACUUCGUCAGGAAGUACUCCCGUGUGGAGAAGCGCCAUAAGAACGUGACAUGCCACCUUUCCCCCUGCUUCGAGCAAGUCAAGGAAGGCGACAUUGUCACUGCUGGGCAGUGCAGGCCCCUCUCGAAGACGAUUCGCUUUAACGUGCUGAAAGUCGAGAGCAAUCAAGUAUUUGGUAACGUGCGCAAACAGUUCCGCCUCUUCUAA